CAAAGCAGGACAUGAAGAUUGCCUUUGCAGAGCGGAAAAUCGAGACGAGAUGUUGAAUGCGAUAGGCACAGAAGCGCUCGGGGGAAACCAGCACAAGUGCAUUCCAAGAUGCCGGGUCGGCUCAAUAAUAGGUAGACACCAAGCGUCGACAGCCAGCCUUGAUAGGAGUACCAGUGGGCAGAUCGGUCAUGAUCCCUGCCUUGGAUUGAAGCCAACAGAAUAGAAGGCCCAAGCCAACCUGGAAAGCCGUAAUUUGCCCGCCCCGUCAAUUAUGGUUAUGGCAUCUCCCGAACUGGAGAUUGGGCCUUCCCGAAGAUGCCCCUGGCCCACCGUCUCGGCGUCUAAUUUGGAUAUGGGGGCAGCGACCACCAGUCUUUGGCUGCCGUACAGAGCAGAGCGCACCUUCCGACCUUUCCUCUGACUUUCUUUCCAGCUCUGAGUCCAGGGCUCCUUCCUCGUUGAUUGAGCCUUCCCAUGCGGUCUUUGCUUCUCGGACUCCCAAGAAGGUUGACACGUUGACAAUCCUCGAGACUGGCCAUCCACUUUUCGGCUCGCCCUGGGCUGGAAUCUCGACCACAGGCCAAGACCAAAGAAAGCAUCGUUCCACCAGUAUAGAUUUCGUGAUACAGUCCUUAUCCGUGUUCGACAAAUCCCGUCCUCUCCAGCACACACCUCCAUCAUGCAGUGGAUCCGCCCUAAGCAAUACGGCAAAAAGGAUGCUGCCCAAGCACCACCACCGCCGCCAGUCAUGGAUCCGGACCAGUCGGCUCCGGCCCCGACCGACGUCGAGGCGGCCGCGCUCGCACCACCAGACGAGAAGGCCGACACCAGCCUCUUCCGCCGGCUCUUCGUCUUCUCCCGGCGCGGCCAGCGACCCACGCUCCGCCAGUGGCUCUUCAUCCUCGGCCCGCACGGCCUGGGUGCCAUGCUCAUCACGGGCGCUAUCAACGUGCUCUUUGCAUACUUAAUGUAUGUGCGACCCUCAAAAUUGGACAAGGACAACAAGUUCCACGUUACUCUCUGGGCCUUGCCGGGCACGGUGGCGGGCGACGCGGCCGUGACCAUCAUCAUGACAUGCGUCAUCACGUGGAUGAUGGAGAUGCUCCUCGUGCGCCGCGCGCUGCGCAGCGGCGCCGUGCAGCCCCUGGCCUGGCCGCAGUCGAGCGGUGGCGCCCGCGUCGACGGCUUCGAGCGCUGGUUCUACAUGGUGGACGGGGGCGCGGUCGCCGCGGCGCGCGUGCUCGACCGCCGCCGAAGCCGGCCGGACGACGACGACGAGCAGUCGCAGAAGCAGGGGCAGGGCCUGUUCCAGCAGAGCCCCCGGGACCUGCUCGCGUGCCUGGGCACCCAGCUCGUGCGGUCGGUGGUCCUGGUCCUGCCGGCCUUCAUUCUGUUCUGGCCCCUCCCGCUCGUCAUCUUCACCCUCACGGCCGGCAGGCCCAUGCAGGAGAGGCAGGGCGAGUACUUGUUCGGCCCCUGGGCGGCCGUCAUUUACAAGGGUGUCCUCAGCGCAUUACAGGCUCUCUGGAUCACGCCCGAGUACGCCAUAUUCUGGAUGACCCGCGCGGGCUAUUCGGCUCCUAGUGUCUAGGUCUGGCCUUGAGUCGCCGCUCACAGGUGGCGCUGGCUGUGUUGCGGCUUUCCUGAGCCCGCCUGGAUAUUGGGCCAUCGCUUCUGGAUGUCGAUGUGUGGCCCCUUGAGUAUUAAUAUUAAUCGCUUGGGUGUUGGACGAUACGAGAUGAGCAAUGCCGUUAGUUUUGACCCCAAUCCCUGGCCUCUCGUCUAGGAGGACUGCCUCUACUUCACGCUGUAUAUAUAGUUAGGCAAAAUAAAUAACAGGAAGAAGCUUGUAUAUCGUCAAUCAUAAAUCGU